CUUGCAACUUGGCGUAGGAACAAAAAGCGACGCGAGAAGAAAGUUUCCGACAGAAUCUUCUUAAGCGACCUCACAGCAGAAGCUCACAGCGCAUGCAUUGAUCAAUUCAAAUUCGCACCGAGACGGCUUCCUGCGUCUGUCGGCAUCAUUCAGCGGGCCGAAGCUGGGUCUGUUGAUCCACUCACCGUUUCGUUUGCAGCUACGACGUACAAAAUACAGCGGGCAUACUGUUUUUCUGUCCUCGGUAGGGCUCGCAUGCGACGAUGAGGCUUCCUAUUCUCUCCAUCAGCCUCCUGGCCCUGCUCACUCCCCUUACCUCGGCCUGGUCCAAGGAAGACCAAGAAAUCUUCCGUGUCCGCGACGAACUUGCAGCCCACGAAGGCCCCGACGUCUCCUUCUAUGACUUCCUCGGUGUCACCCCCUCCGCAUCGCAAGAUGAGAUCAACAAGGCCUACAAGAAGCGAACAAAGGCUCUGCAUCCCGACAAAGUGAAGCAGCGACUCGCCGCCGAACGCGCCACCCAGGCUAAGGAAAACAAGUCGAAGAAGAAGCCCGGCGUCACCGUUACGAAGCCACCUUCGCAGGCCGAAAUCAAAGCCGCUAUCAAAUCCGCUGGUGACAAACAAGCAAGACUAGGUGUUGUGGUUGGCAUUCUUCGUGGCUCGGGACGAGCGCGGUACGACCACUUCAUCUCCAACGGGUUCCCCGUCUGGAAGGGCACCGGUUACUACUACAGCCGAUACCGCCCCGGCCUGGGAACGGUUCUGGUCGGCUGCUUUAUCGCUGGCGGUGGAAUGUUUCACUACGUUGCCCUGUACAUGAGCUGGAAGCGGCAGCGUGAGUUUGUCGAGCGCUACAUCAAAUUUGCCCGCCAUGCCGCGUGGGGCGACAACUUGGCCAUUCCGGGUGUUGAGGCUGGUGCUACAGCCACUCCGCCUCCCGAGCCGGCUGGCGAUGAACAGGCCCCUAUGAUGGCUGUCAAUCGCAAGCAGAGACGCAUGCAGGAACGCGAUGCCAAGAAGGAAAAUGCCAAGGAGGGCAAGCGUAUGGGUCGUGGCCGCGGUGGACGCCCAGAUAGCGGAAGUGCGACGCCUGUUCCGCAGACCCUGGCCAACAACGGUAGUGGACCUACGGGUGCGAAGAAGCGGGUUGUCGCUGAAAAUGGCAAAAUCUUGGUCGUCGAUUCGCUGGGCGAUGUGUAUCUGGAGCAAGAGAUGGAAGACGGCAAGGUUGAGGAAUUCCUGCUUGAUCCCAACGAACUCCCUCAGCCCACCAUUCGCGACACCGCGCUCUACAGGCUGCCCAUCUGGGCUUACCAGAGGACCAUGGCUCGCGUGCUCGGCAAGCACGUUGAUGGAAACGAGUCUCUGGAGAAGGAAUUCGAGGAUGGCCUGACCGAUGAUGACUCCGACGCGCCCCAGCGCACUCCCAGCACUGACUCGGCCGAAGACUUUGAGUUGCUCGAUACCACUAAGAGUGUUGAGGACUUGGUCAAGAAGGCAUCUGGGAGCCAGAGCCAGGGUAGUGGAAAGGUGAAGAAGAGAAAUAAGAAGAAGUAGUGGUUGUCCCAAAAGGCUGGUGAAUGCGACGUGGAGGGUGUCUUCAAGCGUCAUGUCUUUGUAAUGAUUUUGGCAUAGAGUGGGGGGUACUGCAUAUUGGUCGGUAUAUGAAUAGAUAGGUGAACUAUAUGUCAAAAUAUUGGAAAGCAAAAUUGUUCCUGCAUGGAGUAGUGUAAAGGAAACCCUGCGUGCUCAAUUAAUGAUUCCAUG